GUAGUAUGUUGUUCUGACAUCAGCAUGAUUAGAAUACCGCUAGUCCGCUCCUAACCUCUUGUGAUGCAGCUAUAGAUCUCUACUGUCGCUCAAGCAGCACAGAUAUGCAGAUACUGUGCUCGAGAUAUAAUGUUUACGUGUUCCUUUACAGCUUUGCAAGUUUCUGGUCCGAAUGCAUUAUCUCUGUGGCAUAUCCGAGGCUGUCCGAGGUGAUGCUAUCGUGCACGUCGACAGUGAAUUGUGGUAUUGCCAGCCAAGUAGGAAUUUUCCAAAGACAGCAUGGAGUAUAGACAAAGCUGAGGAUAUAAGGUCCCUAUUCCGAGACUAUUUGCG